UCAGGCCGGGAACCAUGAAGGGUGAAGUGAGACGACCAGUGAAAUGUUGAUAUCAUGUCUGGUUCUAUGACUGAGCUGGGCUCCUUCAUUGCACAUGGGAUCUCUCUUCCUCCGCCUGACUUGCUGUAGUUACCCUGUUGUUUUCACCAUGAGAGGAUCUGUCAGGUGCUCGACCUCCGUGCCCUCAUACUGGCACCGCUGUUGUGCCGCGUGAGCGCCUCCUCCAGCAGCCUCUGCGAGGAAUGGCCUCUCUGGACCUGCCAUACCGCUGUCCUCGCUGCGGGGAGCACAAGCGCUUCCGAAGCCUGUCGUCCUUGCGUGCCCACCUGGAGUACAACCACACGUACGAGACCCUCUACGUCCUCUCCAAGUCCAACAGUGUUUGCGACGCCGCCGCUCUGCUGCCCCUAGUGGCCGAGGGAGCUCUCCUCGCGCCCGCCAAUAACAACGACCCCUUCGAGCCACUGCGACCUUCAGCUUUAAAGGAGCGCCGCUUUCCCUGCCGUGAGCUUCCCUGUGCCGACGACCUGAGUCUGACCCCGGCUAACUCCAACACUGCGGCCAGGUACAUUCCCAAUGUCGAGUUUCCCCUGGGGGAGAUUUUCAUGAAGAAAGCCAUGACAUCCGCAGACCCUGGUCCCCAUGGAAACCCCAGCACGGCUGUAGCGGUUGCAGCUAAUGUAGCGGCCAGCGCUGUGGAGGCCGCCUAUGAGGAAGGCCUGGCCAGGCUGAAGGCUCGGGCGUUUGAGCGGCUGGAGCUGGAUGAGAGGCUGGAGAAGCUUUCUGAAGAGGUGGAGCAGAAAAUAGCGGCCCGCGUAGGUCGUCUUCAGGCGGAGCUGGAGAGGAAGAGCUCGGAGCUGGAGCGAGCCAAGCAGGAGAGCGAGCGGCUGAGCCAGGAGAAGCAGGACCUGGAGGACAAGGCCUCGGAGCUCUCCCGUCAGGUGGACGUCUCCGUGGAAAUGUUAGCAAACCUGAAACAGGACCUGGUGAACAAGGAGGAGGAGCUCACUCACAAACAACAGGAAGUGGCACAGAUCGACCAGUUCCUCCAGGAGACAGCGGCACGUGAGGCCAAUGCCAAGGUGCGUCUGCAGCAGUUCAUUGAAGAGCUGCUGGACCGAGCGGACCGUGCAGAAAAACAGCUGCAGAUCAUCAGCAGCUGUGGCACCACACCCAACGGCAGCCUGGGUCGCUGCAGCCUCCAGGCCACCAAGGGGAACGGGCGCCAGAGAAACUCCAGCCUCUCUGGGAGCACCAGAGGCAUGUACCAAGUGUCAGAGCGACGGUCGUCCCCCAGCACAGGAGCCUCAGGGAGGAUCAAGUCAGUCUCACAGGGUUCUGGAGGAUAUGACAGUGACAGCGUGGAGAUGCAUCCCAUGGAGGAGUGUCCUGAGGCUCAGUACUACCACAUGCAGUGCCGGCUGGGUGAGGCGGGGUACGAACGCUCCCCAGGAUGUGGCGGGGGCGGAUCAAGGAACUGGGGCCUUCGUAAACAGGCUAUCCAGAACUGGCAGCGGCGACCUUACAGGAACAGCACCGAAGGAGAGGAGGGAGACGUGUCGGACGUGGGCUCCAGGACCACUGAGUCCGAGGUGGAGAUGUGGGAGCAGGACAGGAGAGCUGUGGCUGAAGUGCAGCAGUCUGCAGCUCCAUAUCCUCAGCAGGGCAGGGCAGGAUAUCGUCCAAAUACAGGACGGCCUGAUGGUGUCUACAAGCCAUGUCGCCAUGAAAAGAGCCCGUCCAAAUCCAACGAGGUGAUCAGUCCGGAGAUCCUGAAGAUGCGUGCGGCUCUCUUCUGUAUCUUCACAUACCUGGACACUAAAACCCUGCUGAGAGCCGCUGAGGUCUGCAGAGACUGGAAGUUUGUGGCUCGACACCCUGCUGUGUGGACCAGAGUGCUGCUGGAGAACGCUCGCAUUUCCUCCAAGUUCCUGAGCAUAUUGGCUCAGUGGUGCACUCAGACACACUCGCUCAUCCUGCAAAACCUCAAACCAAGACAGCGAGGCAAGAAGGAAACAAAAGAGGACUACCUUAAAAGCACACGUGGUUGUCUGGAGGAAGGUCUGGAGGCGUUGUUAAAGGCCACAGGAAGUAACCUUCUGAUUCUGAAGAUUUCUCACUGCCCCAACCUGCUGACUGAUCGCUCUCUCUGGCUGGCCAGCUGUUACUGCCGAGCUUUACAGGCUGUUACCUACAGGAGUGCCACAGAUCCAGUCGGCCAGGAGGUGAUCUGGGCCCUCGGUGCAGGUUGCAGAGACAUCAUCUCCCUACAGGUGGCGCCACUACACCCAUGCCAACAGCCCGCUCGUUUCAGUAACCGAUGCUUGCAGACUAUUGGAAGAUGUUGGCCACACCUCAGAGCUCUAGGUGUGGGCGGGGCUGGAUGUGGCAUUCAGGGGCUGGCCUCUUUAGCGAGGAAUUGCAUGCGUCUGCAGGUGCUGGAGUUGGAUCACGUGAGCGAGAUCAACCAGGAGGUGGCAGCAGAGGUUUGCCGAGAGGGACUGAAGGGACUGGAGAUGCUGGUUCUCACCUCCACACCGGUCACCCCAAAAGCCCUGCUCCACUUCAACAGUGUUUGUCGCAACUUGAAAUCCAUCGUGGUCCAGAUCGGUAUAGAGGACUACUUUGAGGACCCCAACAGCCCUGAAGCUAGGAAAUUAUUUGACGAAAUGGUUAACAAGCUGCAGGCUCUGAAGAAGAGACCCGGCUUCUCCAAAAUCCUUCAUGUGAAAGCAGACAGUCUCUGCUAACACCUUUAUCUUGGAGAGACGCCAGCUUGGCUCCUGUCAAUCAAAAAGACCCAGCUGUUUUUGAGCCCACCCCAUGUGGAUGAAUACGUCUGCAGCACCGACAGAAGAACGCCAUGAAGAACCAAGACCAGGACGGUGUGCAAACUUCACACUGGAAAAACUCUUUCAAUUUUCCCUUAAUGGAGAGUCAAUAUCUCCUACAUGUUGGCUAAGAUUGACGACCCAAUCAGGAGGUUAGUGUUUGGACUAACCAUGGUACUAUCUAUUUCAUGAAGGGCCUGUUCUUAACUCCACAGGCUUAAAAAAUCUGACAAAGCUGUCUGGUUCCUCUCUCUCCGUCUCUUUUGCUUUCACCUUAAAAUGGAAAAUGUCGCUGCACAAAGCCAGAUCUCUCUGUUGAAGCGCCUGAAGCCAGGUGACAGCACAGUAUUUAACUGUCUGCGUCUCCAUUAUGCUUAACAUUUACUCGAGGCUACCUGCAACACCAGUAGCUGGUGGGCGGGAGCACUUUUUAAAGCAUAUACAAUUUCCAACAGAAGUACAAGGUUAAGAGUCUCGAGGCUGGAGCUUUCUGUUUGUGCGAAUGCUUUCAGCUGAGACUUGAAUAAACAGUUUUCAACCUGCCUGCCCUGCAUUAAUGUAUGCCGGGCAUCGUUCAACACUUACCGCUUCCACCCAGAACAGAAACAUGCUGCACAAGCUCCAGGCGGAGUGGAGAGAGCGAGGACAGAGCUCUCUGUAACAAACAGACCUUUACAGUCUUCUAGCCACAGCAUGGCAGAUAUGCAUUUAGCCCCUUCUACCCCCUUCCUCCUUCCACAUGUCAACACAGACUCAGACUUUUUCCAUGGUUGUAGUAUCUUUACAUUUGUUCAUCUUCGAGAACAGGAUGCAGUAUCUGAUAGUUUCUUACUGAGAGGAAGGAUUGGAGGAUGAUCCAUAACGCAUUUCUACAUAAACUGGUGCCAUUUGUGUCUGUCCUCAUUCCAGUGAGCGUUUUCUCCAAUGUGCCAUUAAUGAGGGGAGAGGGACCAUGUCAGGCAGGUGUUUCAAUCUUUUUUUUUUUUUACAUUCAAAUUAACCUAUUGUCAUUUUAUUUAAGCAGCUUGUACUGAACAUUAGAAAGUUGCAGCAUGGUCUCCAGCUGUAAACGGAUGUCACAGUGUUUAUACGUCAUGUGUCUUUCAUAUCAUAACCAAACUAGACCGUGCCAUUCCUUUUUAAUAGUGCUCAUUAUGGCUAAAGCCCUCUUUUAACUGAUGUGUCUGUUUUUCAGCUGACGUCCUCUGGCUCCCUCUGCUGGUUUUCCACAAGCACUUAAACAUUUUACUGUACUCUGCAGUCACCUUUACUGUUUUGCAGAGCUCGUUCUAAAGGAUCAGGUCUUCUGCAUUUCCUUAGAAUUAAAACGUUAAUUUGGUGCAAUUUAUGGCUACAAGUAGGUUUUUCUCAAGAGGUAUGAGUAGCAAUACUUACAGCAGUGAUACUUCCUCUGUGCUGCAGAGAACGAAGAGAUAAGAUCCAACGUUAAACAAUAUUUAAUAAUAAUAAUAAUAAUGACUAAGCCUGUGAAUAGAGUUGUUCAGGUUCUUCUGCGGCUCUGAAGGAGAUUGGUCAGGUCUAAGAAGAUAGCCCUCUAGAUGUCCAUAAAGCUGUACGGGCUUGGACACAAAUCUACCGCACAGAAACCGACAAUAAAGCAGGUGGCAUGUAGUUUGAACAUUUUGGAAUAUGUGUUUACAAGACCUCAAGGGUCUAAAGAAAAGACUAUUUAGAGAGUGAAAUGAUCCAGAAUUGUUGAAGCUAUAUAUAGGGACCAAAAAUCAGGAUUUGAUGCAGUUGCUGCUUUGUUUGUCUUAAAACAGUCUCUUUAAAGUUCCCUGAACAUUAUAAAAGUGCAAUACUAAAUCACAAAACCCCCCUUAUAGAUGCUUACAUUCACUUUGCACUGUGUAUUUUAACAGGUUGAUAAAUGAUCCACACAUCAGGCACAACAUCUUGUGAUCAUCGGUCCCUGCCAAAGGUUUACAGCAGCGCGCUAAACAAGUUGUUCACUUUAACCUGGAUACCCUUAUAUGUCACACAUCAACAAGUUCUCUGUCUACUAUACAUUAUCUUAAAAUUCAUGAGCAACAGAGCAAGGUGACAUCUCCUGGAAAAAGGCGUCUGUCAUGAUAGCCCUUUAAGAUUUCACAAACACAUAGAUGAGGAAUUUGCUGUUUUUGCUCUCUGCUUCACAGUCAAAGUGGUUUCUGGGGACCUGUUUAGCUGCAUAUUGUAGUGGUGAUGUUCCAAGUCAUAAUGUGGAUGUCCAUUUCUUCAUGUUCUUCCAGUACUGCAUAUUAUCAUUAUUAUUAUUAUUCUCCUACACUGGUACUGGUUGUCUGCUCGGAUGUUUGGAAGGAAAGGUGUCAAAGGUUGCUGACUUAAUAGGGAAAAACACAAAGCACUUGUCGAUUUUAAGUUUUAGACAAUCCUGCCUUCGCUAUGAGCUAUUCUGUAUAUAAUGUUUGUUAAAAAAAUAUAUAUGACAAAAAAAAAACAAGAAAAAAAAGGAGGAACAUUUGAUGUGAUAUAAUAUUAUAAGGUCAUACUUCUGAGUGGAAGCAGUGGAGUUUACAGGUGUUGAACCAGUAAGCAUUUUCUCUCCAAAGUUGAAUGAACGAUAAACAUAGAGAACUAUAUUAUGUAUAACAGUAGUGUUGAAAUUGCAGUUGUGUAUUAGAUACUUUAUAUUAAAUGUGCAUCAGAGUCAUAUAGAGAUGGAAAUUAUUUAAGAAGAGGAUAGAGUUGAUAACUCAGCUAUUUAUUUCUAUAAAAAAAGAGCGGUGUGUAUAAUGUUGGCAUGUUUGUGUUCAAGCAUCAAUCAUUAAGUUGCCUUCUUAACUGUUCUGCUACUGUGACGAGAAAAUUAUUCGGUGUUUAAAGAGCUUUGAUUGCCUGCAGGUUAAUAAUGUUUUCUCUUUUAUUUCAUUCAGUCUGUUGUUGCACUAGUGAGAAAAAAAAAAGAUAUUUCAGAUGUUUAUUAUAAGAGUGUUGUUUUUAAUGUUCAGCUCUUUCUCAGUAUUUGACAAAAUAUGAUGCACUUUUUUCCUAAACACUUUUAUCAGCCCGUCUGUCCGUCAGCUGGGGGGGCCUGGCAGAGUUUUGUGUAUAAUACCCACACAUGUUCGGUUUCAUGGUAAAAGAAGAUUUUUCCGAAACACAUGUGAACUUUAGUGACUGAACAGACGUGCGGUUGGCCUCUUUUCUCGUUUAUCAUCUGUCAAAUCUCAUCGGUCAUGAAGUUAGAGAAUGAUUAAGCCACAUUCAAGUGCUUUUUAUGUUCAUUGCCAAAUGACCUUAUGCUCCCAUUUGUAUCUGCCUUUGUUUUUCUCUUGUCUUAAUACUGUAGAUUCAUACCAACAGUACAUUUGCUUUAUUGUGAAAAUGGACCUGCUGAAGAUGUCGCAGAGCCUCUGAAGCUGCAGACAAGAGAUGCCAAGUACGCCAGAGUCCUUCCUGGUUUACGUCUCCAUCCUCUGCCUCUCUGGAUAUAAAGCAGAAUAAUUUAUUUAAUUACAUCCAGAAACUGAAGCAUCAUUGAUGAAUCAGGGUGCUUCCUGAUUCCUGUAUUCUGUUGUUUUAUGUCUUAAAUUUAUCCUCCUCUUUUGCAGUUAAAGCCACGUGUCAUACUGUGCAUUUAAAAAAAAGUGUCGGAGUGUCCAUGUACCUCUCUGUACAUAAUUUAUGUAUGAAUGAUUGUACUCUGCCCAUCCAUCUGAAUAGUAUUUUACACAUUACCUCAACACUUAUCUGGGCAAUUAAGUGUGCAGUCUGUCUUUGUACUUUUUCAUUUUUUUUGACUGCCAUUGACCAGUGAACGCCAAUUGAUCCAUCAUCAUCCAUGUUACUACGACAAAAUGAAUUCUGUUGCUGAAUAAAACUUUCCCAAAAGAU